AUGUGUUAUAACGAGCGGAUAGUGCGCAUUUCGGAUAGGGAAGAGCUCAAGCAACGCGCAGACAACUGCAACAACGAAACAGGCAUGGUCGCCUGGCAGCUAAGGCUUUUCACCCCUGAGAAACCCUGCGGCUACAGCAUAAUAGCUAUUGCAAACGACAUCACUUUCCAAUCCGGCUCCUUCGCUACUCCUGAAGACACCGUUUACAGUUUGGCCUCUGAGUAUAGUAGAAGGAAUAAGCUGCCCCGUAUUAACGUCUCUUGUAAUUCUGGUGCUCGCAUCGGACUCUGUGAAGAUGUGUCAAGAGUUUUUCGAGCGAAGUUCAAGGUUUCCCAUCGUGAGCGUGGCAAAGUAGCGUUUGAAAGCUGUGUCAACAAACCGUCACUUAUCUAA